AUGGUUCCUAGGACACUCCGCCUCACCGAUAUCCCAACAAGACCCUCUCGUAUCGUCAUCUUCACCCUCACCUUACCUCAAUCUAAGGAAUUUUUACAAGGCCUCGCCAACUCAACCCAUUUCGGAGUUUCUCCAACUGUCAUAGUUGAGCCCACCCGAACCACAGAGUCAUCCCCAGAAUCUCAAGAACUUUACUCCUCCAACAUUGAACACGACCCUGACGGAUCGUCCUCUCCCAAUACCACUCCCGAACCGGGUACUCCAGUCCCGCAAUCGUCAUCUCCGCCUCUUCCUCCUCCUCCACCACCACCAGAGAAGACGAAAUAUCAAAGCCUAGAUGAGAUGCGCAUUGAAGCAGCCAGAGAUGCUGUCGUACUCUUCCGUAGCUGGGCUCGCGAGGACAUCUCAGAGGAGCUAAAAGAGGUUAUCGCAGUUAGGAACGCAUCGGAAACGGAGGCGGAGCUUCUGCAGAAGAUAAUGUGGGUGAAGGAAUGUCUGAGGGGAAGGUAUCAGAUCUGGAUCCAGCGCUCGGAGGCAUAUAACAUUGAGGGUGCUUUAAGGAGCACAAGAGGAAAUAAAGAUCACGAGGUGAAGAUGCUCUGUGGCUACCCGGGGUGCGGGAGGACAUGGGAUGACGGAGAGAUAAGAGUCAGCUUCGAACCACACGGAUGGACAACGUCGGAGAAGGUCAAAGGUGCCGGCAAAAAGAAGAAGAAGGUGACCUUUGAUCUGGAUAACGAAAUGAUGGACGAAGAGGAGGACAGCAUGGUUAUUGAUGAAAACGAAGAAAAUCUCAAUGAUGCAGCGCACGACAGUAAGGGGAUCAAAAGACUACCAGAUUAUCACGCCUUGCUCAAAAACCCCCGAAAUACCCGCCUCCAUGGACGUGGUGAAUUCUUCUGCCUCCACUGCUUUGAGAAGCUUCUGGUCCCUCCAGCUGCUUCUACUUCUCCCACCAAAAAGCGCAAGCGGGAAAAUAGGAAAUAUCUCCGUCCCAACCCGCUUUGUAGGAUAUACGGCUCGGUGUUCCCAGAAACCCGCUUGUCCGCGGAUGGAAAAUUUCAGCUUGAUGUAGACAUGGCAGAUCUCGUGGAAAGGUGGAAGGACGCACUUUUCGCUAAAGGGAUUAAAAACCUCAAGGUCCGUUUUGGAGAAUAUCUUGGGAGUGCGGAGGAAGAUCCUGAGGAAGCGGAGGAAGACCCUGAGGAAGCGGAGGAUCGGGAGGUCGGAGAUGGAAGAGGUUUGGCAGAGCUACUGGGUACGAAGAAUGUGGAACCGGGUGGAAUCGUCAAGAGGAAAAAAUGA